AUGCUAGCUACCGCGGAGACAUCAAUCCCAUCGGGCAUGGAGCAAUUGAGGCAUCUCAUCCAGACACACCCUUUGAUCGACAACCAUGCCCACAAUCUUCUGUCCGCUGAGAGGGCCACCGACUAUCUGAAAUACCCAUUUGAGUCUAUCACAUCUGAGGCGGGCUCAGUCGCAUUGCAAAACGCGAGGAAGACACUGCCACAUCUCCGUGCCGCGAACCAGCUGGCUGACCUCUACCGGUGUCCGUCUGACUGGGAUGAGAUCAAGGCUGCUCGCCACCAAUUGGUGCAGAACGAUUAUGAGUUGCUAAUCCGUCAGUGUUUAGAAGGAACGCACACCUUGCUUCUGGAUGAUCUGCUGGCUGUUGAGGAUGUCGAGCCAUUCCACUGGCAUGAUAAGUUCACUGCGUCCGAGACAAAAAGAAUUGUGAGGAUCGAGACAAUGGCAGCACAGGUCCUCGAAUCUAUGUCGAGAUCAGGGGACAGGGCACAGGAAGUUUCCCAGGUUGACAGAUCCGCCUUUGCACGGUUCAGUUCACAGUUCACAGAUGCACUCGCGUCUGCCAUCAAGGAUUUGGUAGUGGUGGGAUUCAAAUCAGUUAUCUGCUAUCGCACAGGGUUGGAAAUCGACAAGUUAUGUGAUUUACACGAGUUGAACAAGUCGUGUUUUCGCAUGCUCCUUCAGCAGCCCGGUUCUACGGCCUUCCGGAUUGAGGAUAAGCCAUUAAAUGACUGGAUUGUAUUACGGACCCUCGAGAUGCUGAGUGAAGCUCGAAGAGAGUCCGGGAUUUCCAAGCCUCUCCAGCUGCAUACUGGCCUUGGAGAUUCAGAUAUUGAUCUAGUACGAUCGAAUCCGGCAUAUUUGCAGCCGGUCAUUGCUAAAUACCCCGAGGUCGACUUUGUCCUCCUACAUUCGUCAUAUCCUUACACACGGCAGGCUGGCUAUCUUGCUUGCGUGUACCCUAAUGUCUAUCUUGAUUUGGGGGAGGUAUUCCCUAUGGUCAGCCGCGAUGCGCAGGAACGCAUCGUACGUGAGGCUUUCGAGAUUACACCAACAAAUAGGAUCCUUUGGAGUACAGACGGGCAUUUCUUCCCAGAGACUUUUUGGUUGGCAAACAGGCAGUUUAGGCAAGCUUUAGAGAAGGUUCUCGUAGAUUAUGUGACCAAAGGGGACUAUUCUAUCGACCAGGCUAUGGAGGCAGCAGCGGAUAUUCUAUUCUAUAACUCGAACAAGCUAUAUGGAUUGGGCCAACCGCCACUCUAUAACAGCAAAUCCUCAGCAGGCAGAUUCCUUGCUGAAUCUAAAGGCACUCAUGCAGCAGUCUCAGCCCUAAGACCGGCCUCGCAACCAGCAUCUCUCCUUGACCGUUUUGUCCAAUCCAACCCUGAUGUGAAGUUCAUCUGGGUGCAGUGGUUGGACUAUACGACCACUACACGAGCACGCCUGUUUCCCAUCGGUGAAUUCGAGAAACUGGCUCGUGGACAACGCCGCCUUGGGAUCUCCAUGUCUACACCCGGUCUUCUCCAGGAUGAUUCUUGUGUAGCCGGAACAGCUACAGGACAAUUUCAGCUCAGUCCCGACUUGUCGAGCCUCUACCGUAAUGUAGGGCGGAACUCCAAAAGCGCGACAGUGAUGGCACGCUGGCUCUCAGAAGAUGGCAAUCCACUCGAGGGCUGUCCACGCGCAACUCUAGAAGGCAUUGUAUCCAAGCUCAAUGUCAAAUACGGGAUUGGCAUACUCUGCGGAUUUGAGAUUGAGGUCGUCCUCCUCAAGCCCGUGCCCAGCAACCACACCAGGGAGAUUGUCGACUACCUCCCCUUCACGACAAAACACUCCUGGUGUCAGGUAACUCCAGAGAUCCGUAACAAAUCCAUGCCGAUCCUGGAGGAAAUCGUCGAAACACUCUCGGACAUAGGAAUCGAUAUCGAACAAUUCCACGCCGAAUCAGCACCCUCCCAGUUCGAAUUCGUACUUCCCCCUUCCCCAUCGUUACGCGCAAUAGACACCCUCCUGAAAGCACGCCAAAUCAUCGUGGACGUCGCCGAAUUCCACGGCCUCCGCGCUACCUUACAUCCACGUCCUUACCCCUCCGCUCUAGGAACAGCAGCUCAUGCACACAUCUCCACCACCCCAGCCACCCAUGAACGGUCCUUCCUAGCAGGGAUUCUCUCCCAUCUUCCAUCCAUCCUGGCCUUCACCCUGCCCCAGGACGCGAGUUACAAUCGCGUCAAACCCGGGAUCUGGGCGGGAGGCGAAUGGGUAGCGUGGGGCACACAGAACCGUGAAACUCCCAUCCGCAAGAUCGCCCCAGGACACUGGGAAAUGAAAGCGGUCGAUGGUCUCUGCAAUAUGUACCUGGGUAUGUCCGCUUUGUUCGCAGCGGGAUAUUUGGGACUUGAAGAGAAUCUGGAUCUUACCCUAUUGAAUUGCGAAGUCGACCCGGCAGUCUUAUCACCCGCCCAACGAUCCACCUUCGGCAUCACAACACCCUUGCCCAAGAACCUCAACCAGAGUCUGAGCGCACUUGAAGCGGAUCAAGACCUGGGAGACAUACUGGGCAAAUCCUUCGUCAAGACCUAUAUUGCCGUGAAGCGGGCAGAGAAGGAGAAACUGGAUGGAAUGGACGAGGAAGAGAGGAGAAUAUGGCUUGUUGAGCGGUACUAA